ACAUAUGUUGCCACUUGGCUUAUAUUACUAGAAACGUUUAUAUUUGUACUUGUCAUCAGUUACAAUAUUCAUUCAUCUCUCUCAUUUCUGUUGUGAAGCUUCCACAUAAAACAUGUAAACAACACAUGUUAGUGUUUGAUAAGUACAUAGGGAAUAGUGGAACUGGUCAGUUUAAAACAGUGCAGGCAGGGCCUCAUGAUAAACACUAAGCCUAACUCUUCAGCAGAAGAAGAAGAAGAAGAAGCCCUCAUGAUAAGCGAAAAGAUGGGUGGCCAUCGCUGCUGUACCAAACAGAAGGUUAAACGAGGCCUAUGGUCUCCUGAAGAAGAUGAGAAGCUCGUCACAUAUAUCACCACCCAUGGACUUGGAAGCUGGAGUUCUGUCCCAAAAUUUGCUGGAUUGCAAAGGUGUGGAAAGAGUUGUAGAUUGAGAUGGAUAAACUAUCUAAGACCAGAUCUUAAGAGAGGUACCUUCACUUCAGAAGAAGAACAGAUUAUUAUUGAUGUUCAUAGGAUUGUGGGCAACAAAUGGGCUCAGAUAGCCAAGCACCUCCCAGGAAGAACAGACAAUGAGGUGAAGAAUUUCUGGAACUCGUGCAUCAAGAAAAAGCUUAUGUCACAAGGGUUGGACCCAAACACUCACAAUCUAAUACCUUCUCAUCAGAGAGCCUCUAAAAAGGUUGCAUGCAAUGUAUCACCAAACCAUCAGCAACCCAAUUCAGUUUUUACUCUGAAUUCUCAGUUUACAGAUGCUUCCACCUUUGAAAUGAAAACACCUAUCAUUACAGUACCUGAAACUGAUCAACCUCCAUUGCUUCAAAACCCUAAUGUUGUUUGGAAUCAGAGUUUCGCUGAUUUUUCCAGUUUCCCUCAUGUAUCAUCAGUUGAGAGCACACCCAAUAUUUCUUCCUCAUCAUCCUCUUCCGUGAACCUAUCUGGUUUUGGGGUCUUAAAUCAUGAGAAUUGUGUUUGGGGUGCCAAUACUCUUGAACCCUUCGAAGCACCAGGAUUGGAAGGAGAGCAAUAUACACUGACACAACCACAGCAAGAGAAAGAUAAGGUUUCUGAGCUGGUAACUAAUAAGGUUAUUCAUCAGCCCAUGGAUACUUCAUUUGAUGGCUCUAGCUUUGAUCUUGGGUUUGUGGAGUCUAGCCUUAUGUCUGAUAUAAUGUAUGAUGAAUUGAGCUCUAUGGAUGAUUUUGCAUGGAACUAGUACUAGCUAGUAGGCCAUCACAUGUGUACAUUACUAGGUUUUGCUUAAUUAAGGUGUGGAAUUCACAUACUUCAAGUACAAAGCUCUCUUGCCCACCAUCAAUACUAUAUAAAAAAAACCAAUGACAAGGGUCAAGAUGGUUUUGUUGCUUCUAGGACUGCAGACAAAAAUGACUGACCUUUUUUCUUUUUUCUUUAUUAUUAUUAUUAUUUGAGAAAGUUCUUUAUCUUUUUUUAAUUGA